AUGUAUGGCAGCGGCUAUCCGGGCUACACAGGGCGCGGCGUCGCGGGACGUAAUUUCCCCUUCUACUACUGGCCGAUCGUCUUUGGCGCGGGCUAUUAUGGGGGAGUGCACUACAUCGACGAGGGCAGGAAAGAGUACGGUUCGCCUGACAAUUCGUCUCGUCCGGGCGGUGCGCAGACCACGGUUUCGUUCGCGUCUGCCUCGGGAAACACCACGCUUUGGGUGGUUGCCGAUAACACGACGACGACGUCGCUUAUUGACGAGGUGUACUCCAAGUGUGCUUCAUCGCUUUCGAACUCGACAUCGAGGACGGUGACGGCGUACAACAACACCCCGCCGGCUGAGUCCAUCGUGCAAUACUACCGCGCUUCCAGUGUGGCGCUCGCGCUGGAUGGGUACAACAACACCGCUGCCCUGUCCAACGACGACAAUGCUACGGCGACACCAUUGCCAGGGUGGCGCGACACGAACAUGUUGGACUGUGUGAAUACCACCAUCGGUGCGGCCGUGCCAUUGGUGAAUGCAGAUGGGGAGAACAGUGCGAUAGCGAUGAGGGGUGCAUCGGGGUCAAUGGGAGCGGUGGCGGCGUUGGCGCUGGUCCUUUUCUCCCUCAUUUCGCCGUGGUGA